AUGGCGGACCAGAACGAGAUCGAUUUGGAUUCGAUCAUUGAUAGACUGUUGGAGGUGAGGGGCAGUCGUCCCGGAAAGCAGGUCCAGCUGCUCGAGUCCGAGAUCCGCCAUCUUUGCACCAAGGCUAGAGAGAUCUUCAUUUCGCAGCCUAUACUUUUGGAGUUGGAGGCCCCGAUAAAGUACUACGAUCUCUUGCGCCUGUUCGAGUACGGAGGUUUCCCGCCGGAAGCCAACUACCUCUUCCUAGGCGACUACGUAGACCGAGGCAAGCAGUCUCUCGAGACCAUCUGUCUACUCCUCGCAUACAAGAUCAAAUACCCAGAGAACUUCUUCGUGCUCCGCGGCAACCACGAGUGCGCUUCCAUCAACCGUAUCUACGGCUUCUACGACGAGUGCAAGCGAAGAUACAACAUCAAGCUCUGGAAGACCUUUACCGACUGCUUCAACUGCCUCCCAAUUGCCGCCAUCAUCGACGAGAAGAUCUUCACCAUGCACGGUGGUCUCAGUCCCGACCUCAACUCCAUGGAACAGAUUCGCCGUGUCAUGCGUCCAACAGAUCUUGAUUAUUUAUUACUCUCUUUUAUGCAUGGCAUUCCUGACUGCGGUCUCCUCUGCGAUCUCCUCUGGUCUGAUCCUGACAAGGACAUCACCGGCUGGAGCGAAAACGAUCGAGGUGUAUCCUUCACAUUCGGCCCCGACGUCGUCUCGCGGUUCUUGCAGAAGCAUGACAUGGACCUCAUCUGUCGAGCACAUCAGGUAGUCGAGGAUGGCUACGAGUUCUUCUCCAAGCGGCAGCUGGUCACGCUCUUCAGCGCACCAAACUACUGCGGAGAAUUCGACAAUGCCGGAGCUAUGAUGAGUGUAGACGAGAGCCUUCUCUGUUCAUUCCAGAUCCUGAAACCAGCCGAAAAGAAACAAAAGUACGUCUACGGAGGCAUGGCACCUAACAGACCCAUCACUCCUCCAAGGAAGCAGAAGAAAAAGUAA